AUGAAGAAAAAUUUUGUUUGCUUUGCAGUUAAUGGGAAUAUUUCACAGAACUGUUCUGAUUUUCAAACUUCUUCCUGGAGGAACAUUUUACAAAGGUUGGACCUCAACGUCCAAUUUAUGCUGCUCACUCGUAGGAACCCAGAUUGUGCCCAGCCUAUCAAUGUGAACAAUGACUUUCAAAGUUCAAACUUUAAUGGAAGUUUGCCCACGAAGCUAAUAUUGCAUGGUUACAGGAUGAUGGGCAGCAAGCCUUCUUGGGUUGACACCCUGGCAAAAGAAUUGAUUAGUGCAAUGGAUGUGAAUGUUGUUAUUGUCGAUUGGAUUAUUGGUUCGACAGCUGUAUAUCACAGUGCAGUGCGGAAUUCUGCUCUGCUAGGACAUAAGAUUUCUACCCUUAUAACAAACUUUAUCGCACAUGGAAGCACAAAGGACUCUUUCCAUUUGAUUGGAAUCAGUCUGGGGGCGCAUGUGGCUGGAAUUGUGGGUCAUAUUUUCAAAGGAAAACUAGGACAGAUCACAGGUUUAGAUCCCGCUGGACCCAAGUUUUCAAAGGCAAGUGUCAAUGAGCGUCUUGACCCUAGUGAUGCAAUCUUUGUUGAAGCCAUUCACAGUGAUUCUGAUUGCUUUGGAAUUUCUCAACCAGUUGGGCAUAUUGAUUUCUACCUAAAUGGUGGGAAAGACCAACCCGGUUGUGCUCGGCCCAUUUUAUCCUCAGUGUACAAGUAUCUAAUCUGUGAUCACAUCAGAGCAGUUUUUCUGUAUAUCAGUUCUAUCAAGAAUCAUUGUCCGUUGAUUGCUUUCCCUUGUCAGUCUUAUGAACACUUCACCAAUGGGGAAUGCACUGAUUGCUAUAAUCACUCAUUGCAGCGCUGUCCACGCAUAGGUACAGAGGAACCCCCAGCUGCUGGUAUUCCCUCAGCAGAACGCCCAUCCUCGUUCUACCUCUAUUGCCCUAAUAAGCAGUCAAGUGAAAGAACAGUGAGAAAAAUCAUAUCAUAUGCCAGGUUUGGGAAUAUGAAUGCCAUCACUAUUGAACUGUUGUCCAGUUGGCGUAGAAAAAGACAUACAAUUCAUAUUGCAGAAUUACGCGUUAGGGAGCUCCCUUUGAAUGACAGAGAGAGGCCUCCCCGCUGUAUCAAUAACAUUGUCACAGAUGAAAAAUUAUUUUUUGGGCAGUUUGUUAAUUGUCUUUAG